AUAAUCAAUUUACGAAGGACUAUUAUUUCCAUACACUGAAAAAAAAGUUUUUUUAUACCAGGAAUACUGAGUUUUUUUUAGUCGAGUUUUCUUGUACGAAGUAAAAGUCAAGUUAAAUAUUUUAGAUUUAAGAAAACUGGUAUUUUAAAUCUGAGAAUACCAAGUUUUUUAACAGGACUAAAACUAAAUUCUAUGUUACCAUAGCAACCGUGACGGUGGCGCCACUAUUUUGUCAUUUCCCUCCAAUCUACAGUGUACGCGUGUUUUUUGUUUACCUCGUGUCUGAGUCUAUUUAUCUCAAUAUUUAUUUAUGUUAAUUAAAUAAUUUAUAAAUAUAAGUAUUAAUCAUUAUUAUUACUGCCCCUUACUCCAUUACUUACAUGGAUUCUUGGGUACAAGAGAAGUUGUCAGAGUGGAAUUUAUCAUCUCUCCAACAAAUCUUUGAAGAUGAAGAAGUGGAUGAAAUUGCAUUUAAAAAUCUCAACGAAGAAAUAAUUCAAAAACUAAUUAAAAAAACAGGUCCUCAGAUUAAAUUUUUAACUAGAUGGAAGAGAGAAUUUGGAGUAAUAAUAGAACCUGUUGUGGUUGAGAAUGUUGAUAGACGUCAAAGCACUUCAGAAGUUGACAUUGCUAAUUUUGAUUUGACAGUUGACGAUGACUCAAGCUUUCCAUUAUCUCUUGAAAUUGAGAAAUCUUUCGCCAUCGAAUCUCAAAAUUUUGAUUUUAGUAAAAUCGACAAUGCAGAUCUGAGUGUUGAUCUUAGGAAUCCCAUCACAGAUCUUGUUUCUGUGUUGAGAACUUCGGCGACUGGAUUAUCAAUUCUAAGUCAUUAUAAAUCGCAUAGAAAUUUACCGGAAGAUUUUAGAAACGACUUGGUAGAUUUUAUAAUUAGCAUUGAAAUAUGUACAUCUCCUGAAUUAGUGAUAUCUCCAGCUCGUUUUGUGGAACUAAGCCAAUUGAUCGUCGAUCUUUUUCCUACGGAAGUUAAGGAAACUUAUUACAUUCCCUAUAGUUACGACAAAGCUACUAAAUCAAAAAUAUUGCCAAAGGGAAAGUUUCACUCUAAAUACAAUAAUGGGUAUCGCGCUAAUUUGUUGGCUAGUGGAGCUAUUGUGAAAAAAACUGCUACGAAACGAAAACGGAAUGAAAUUUCUGGGUCUGUGCAUUUAGGUUUCACAAGUGACUUAAAGUCAGAGUUAACAGAUGAAGAGUAUGCAGAGAAAGUCAAGUGGCUGAAGGAAAACAUAGACUCUUGGGCUGAAGUGAAAAAGUUGUGGGCUGAUACAUCUAAGAAAAGGAUUUCACACUUACUCGCUGAUACCUCUAUGAAUCAUUACAUUGAGUCCUUUACAGUCCUCAAACACGUGACCAAUGGUCCCCAAUUGAUUGAUAUUGAUUUCUUAACCAUCCAUCCGAAGAAAACCUUGAAUUUAUCUCUAAAUUUCGAUUUAUUUGCAAAACAACUAGUUUCUUAUUCAAGUAAUAAAAAGAGAAAAUCGGAAGUAAUACAGCUUCUCUUAAAAAAAAUUUCAUCAUUAAGCCAGAGUGAGGAUUUAAAUUCUACAGAGCUUAAAAAAGUUUCUAUUUUGAAACUCUUGCCACUUUUACUUCCUGCACCUGGGCCUUUUCAAAGUAUAACUGGUACUUUGUCACCAUGGCGACCGAGUAAAGACGAAGUUCAAAAAGGAUUUAUACUGCACGUUAAAGAUGAAUUAGAUUUAAGAGCUGAAUUAAAAAAUCGUAGAGAUAAUUUAAAAAACUAUGGUUUAACGGAACAACCGAUUGUUUCAGUUGUUGGUAUGAGUAAAAUAGAAUCAUAUAACGUCCACGUUAACAACAUUACUUAUCAGCUUGCGUCAGUUCUUGAAGCUGUAGAUAUUGCUUUCAAAAGUUUUUACGCUUUUCAAUUAUCAUACCCAAAAGAAUCAGAGUAUUCUUGGAUGGUUCUUCAACAAAAAAUUUAUGGCAUUAAAGGAGAGAAAGACGGACCAGUAUUGCCGUGUAUCCGUACUUUUAUAACAGAUUUGAAUAACUGUAAAGUUUAGUCUUAUUUAUUAUUAAUUUAAAUUAUUUUUAAUUGUCCUUAUCUUCUCAUUUGUUUUAAAGUUUUUUUAAUAAA